AUGUCUCAACUGAUGCUUAUGUUUCUAAUAGUGUUAGCUCUUGUCCAUGGUACCACCAGCCGCUAUACCGACCAAUACUUUGUUAAGCAGGCAACGCAACAACAGUUAGCCAAAACAGAGCGUCCUCAGCAAAUUGUUUCUGGCAUGGAUAAAGCUAUUAACGACGGCAAAUUCAACUCAUACAGAGAAGUUCCAGGUGGUCCGGAUCCCAGUCAUCAUGAUCUUGACAAGUUCAACUCAUACAGAGAAGUGCCGGGAGGACCGGAUCCCAGCCACCACGGCCUUGACAAGUUCAAGUCGUACAGAGAAGUGCCGGGAGGACCGGAUCCCAGCCACCACGGCCUGGACAAGUUCAACUCGUACAGAGAAGUGCCGGGAGGACCGGAUCCCAGCCACCACGGCCUGGACAAGUUCAACUCGUACAAAGAAGUGCCGGGUGGACCGGACCCCAGCCACCACGGUCUGGACAAGUUCAACUCGUACAGAGAAGUGCCGGGUGGACCGGACCCCAGCCACCACGGCCUCGACAAGUUCAACUCGUACAGAGAAGUGCCGGGUGGACCGGACCCCAGCCACCACGGCCUCGACAAGUUCAGCUCGUACAGAGAAGUUCCGGGUGGACCGGACCCCAGCCACCACGGCCUCGACAAGUUCAGCUCGUACAGAGAAGUUCCGGGUGGACCGGAUCCCAGCCACCACGGCCUCGACAAGUUCAGCUCGUACAGAGAAGUUCCGGGUGGACCGGAUCCCAGCCACCACGGCCUCGACAAGUUCAGCUCGUACAGAGAAGUUCCGGGUGGACCGGAUCCCAGCCACCACGGCCUCGACAAGUUCAACUCGUACAGAGAAGUUCCGGGUGGACCGGAUCCCAGCCACCACGGCCUCGACAAGUUCAACUCGUAUAGAGAAGUGCCGGGUGGACCGGAUCCGAGCCACCACGGCCUUAAUGAAAGACGAAAUAAUUAA